CGAAAAAAAACACUUCCCACUUCCGGUCUAGAAAAAUGGCUGGAAGUGGAGUAAUCGAGGGUCCUCUAAGCAAAUGGACAAAUGUAAUGAAAGGAUGGCAGUAUCGAUGGUUUGUUUUGGACGAAGCUUCAGGUCUACUGUCAUAUUACACUUCAAAAGAGAAAAUGAUGAGAGGCUCAAGAAGGGGAUGUGUAAGACUUAAGGGUGCAAUCAUAGGUAUAGACGAUGAAGAUGACAGUACAUUCACUCUGUCGGUAGAUCAAAAAACAUUUCACUUUCAAGCAAGAGAUGGUGAUGAAAGAGAAAAAUGGAUACAUGGAUUAGAAAAUUCAAUACUGAGACACUCAGCUGAUCAUCAGGUAAAAGGACUUGUGCCAGUUGCAACAGAAGCAGAAUUUGAGUACAAGCUUGCAGAAACAGAUGCUUAUCUACAGUUAAUGAUAGAACAAGUUAAGUCUUUGGAAAUAAGAAUAGAUGCAUGUGAAGAUGAAUCAACAAGAGAGAGAUAUAAUGUAAUCAAAGUCACAGCAGAGAACAUGAUAGAAGCUAUAAAGCAUGCCAUUGUAAUGUUACAAAUAUCAAAGGAAAGUUUGAAAGGACCUGUUAUGAAUGGAUCCAUGCAUGAAAGUAUCCUCACAAACGACGCUGACUAUGAUUAUUUUGGGACAGGUAAAAUAGCAGGUUCUUCAAACUUCCGACGCAAUAGAGUUAUUGGUAUUAAGCCUUCAGUGCAGACUUUGUCUCCUGAUGAGGAAAGUUUACCUCAAACCGACACAGUCGUCCCUGAGAGAUCAUACUCCAGUAGUGAGGAUGAAGAUUUUUAUGAUGCUGAAGACUUUAAGUCAGCAUCUUCUACACCUCAAAAGGGAAGCACACCAGACUCGUCACCCAGUACAGAAGAAGCAAUAGUCCAGCCACAAGUCAUAGCUUCUGAUGAUGAUUAUUAUGAUGAAUUGUAUGAUGAGUUAGACAAAGAAAAUUUGGGAUCUUUAGAAAGUCAUGGCAGUGUAAUAGCUCAUUUAUUAUCACAAGUAAGGAUAGGCAUGGAUUUAACCAAAGUGGUUUUACCAACAUUUAUAUUGGAGCGGCGAUCACUGUUAGAAAUGUAUGCAGAUUUUUUUGCACAUCCUGAUUUAUUUUUAAAAAUUCCAGAAUUACCGACUCCACGAGAGAGAAUGAUACAGUUAGUCCGGUGGUAUUUGUCAGCUUUCCAUGCUGGCAGAAAUAGUGAAAUUGCCAAAAAGCCUUAUAACCCUAUAUUAGGAGAGACUUUUUCAUGUUUUUGGAAAAUGCCCGGUGCUGAAAAUAAUAAUGAACAAACAGAUGGACCUGUACCAUGGGCUAGUAAAGAUAAUUUAUCAUUCAUUGCAGAACAAGUUUCCCAUCAUCCGCCAAUUUCAGCUUUUUAUGCAGAACAUUUUAAUAAAAAGAUAUCAUUAGAUGGUUAUAUAUGGACCAAAUCCAAGUUCUUAGGAUUAUCUAUUGGUGUACAUAUGAUAGGACAAGGGGUGAUAUCUGUUAUUGAUCAUGAUGAAGAAUAUACGAUUACAUUCCCUAAUGGUUAUGGAAGGUCAAUAUUAACAGUACCAUGGAUAGAGUUAGGUGGUAAAUGUACUUUAGGUUGUGCUAAAACAGGCUACAAUGCAACAGUAGAAUUUCAUACAAAGCCAUUUUAUGGAGGAAAAAAGCACAAAGUUACAGCUGAGAUCUUUGAACCUAAUGAAAAAAAGCCCAUUGUCAGUAUAGAUGGGGAAUGGAAUGGUAUUAUGUAUGCUAAAUAUAGCACUGGUAUGAAUGAAGUAUUUGUAGAUACAAAGAAAAUGCCUAUAAUGAAAAAAUUAGUAAAACCAACCGACCAACAGACAGAAUUUGAGUCUAGAAGAUUGUGGAAGGAAGUGACCUACAAUCUGAAAAAUAAAUUUAUCGAAGAAGCAACAAAUCAUAAACAAAGACUGGAGCAAAGACAGAGGAAUGAAGCAAAAGAGAGAAAAGAGAAAGGAUUGAAAGUUGAAACGAAGUGUUUCCAUGAAGAAGGAGAACAUUGGGUGUAUGACAGACCUUUAUUAAAACGAGUACGGAAUUCACCAAGUUCUACAUUGUGACAGAUCUGAUGUUAUUGAUAGGUUAAAUAAUGUUUAAACUAUACCAAGGAUACAGCAGUUGCUAAAAAACUUGGUGCAAUUUUGUUAAAUUUUAAUAUAAAAUUAGCAUAUUUAAUAUUAAGAAUAAGAUUUCAUCUUUUGUUUUUAUAUUUUAAAGAAUAAUAGCAAUUGUUUGCUUAUUGAAUUUAUUGCAAUAACUUUAUAGCAAAUAUAUAUUAUAGUUUUGCUUUGAUACAGUAUUGAGAAAGUUAAUAGAGCACAUGUUACUCCUUUUAUCAUAUAUUUUUAAUUGAAAGCUGAAAGCUAUAUUUAAAUGAAUGCAUACUUAUCAAAUAUAGAGCUUAAUAUAAAUUUAGUAAGUUUUUUUUAAAUCUUUUUAUUCUAUAGUGCAUUUUCCCAAUAAUUGCUUACUCAUAUGUUAUUAAGUUAGAACUGAAUGUCACUCAUUUAAGGUGGUACCUAACACUACAGGGAGAUAACUCUGUAAAAUCAGCUAAACGUUUUAAUUCCAUUGUGUUGUUAAGGGAAUAUUAAGCUUCUCAAUGAUCAAAAUUAGUGUUUGUCUAACUGCUUUAUAACCAGAGUAAUUUUUCUGAUUAGUUUAGUUCAUUAAUUGGUAAGUUCAAAUUUUUUGAAAUUUUUAUAUUUAUGUCAAAGGGUCAAAGUAAAUUUUAUGAAAAUUAAACGAGUCAAAUUAAUUUUAGUGAAAGUGUUUGGUACCACCUUAAAGAAAACUUAAGAUUAGUCUGUAGCAUUUUAAAAAAGUAAGAUUUUAAGAAAUAAGAACAUUGAGUAUCACAAUUUUUUUAUGAAAUGUGUUAUAGUGAGUAAGAUGAAGUUUGAUGUAUUUAUCCUUGCAUUGUAUGUGUAUUUGAAAGUGAUAACUUUCCAUCUGUUAUCAUACAUUUAUCCAUCUGCUCAAGUGUUUGCAUUGUUACAUUCCGUCUAAGAUUAAAUUUCAGUUUCUUAUCAGGGAUCAUGUAAUGUAAAACAUUUGUAUUUUUGAAUUCAGAAAGUUACUUGUGGCAUUAAAUUAGAAUUGUGCAUUGAACUAAGACAUUUCCAAACACCAUGAAUUCAAGUCAAUUUAUACAAGGAUUCUGUUUAUGGUAGUAGACCACAACUAAUAAUUGAUAUUAGCAGUGUUUGUAGAUUUUUUUGUAGAUAAUCUAAUAAUUUGGAAUUAAAAUUAUAAAAUUUUUUCUUUAAAACUCUGUAUUUAUAAAUUUAAAACUCUGAAUAAUGUUUCUUUCCUGUCUUUGCGUGUUCUAUAUGUUUUAAGGAUUUUUUAUUUUUUUUAAUAUUGAUAUUAAAGUCAUAAGAAACCUCAAAUCAAAAAAAAAUAAUGCAUAUGUUUUUUAUAACUCAAUGGAUAGUUUUCAUUAUAAAACUUAUGUACAUAUACUUUUUUCUGAAGAAAUUUCUUUAAUUUAUUCAUAUUUAGAAGAAGUAUACUUUAUUUUAAUUGCUUGCUUCCAGCAAGCAAUUCCCCCGACAUAUUUUCCGUAUGCAAAGUGACCUCAGUGUGACCCACCUCGUAAAAAUCCGGUGAUCACAAUACGCAUGAAUGUCCUUAAAAUAAACUAUUAUCUGAAUUUACAUGUUCAACACGUGCUCAAUUUCCAUGCUUUUUGUUGAUUUUAUGUCGAUUGUUGACAAACAGGUGACAAUUGUUAAACUUCGGAUUCAAAACACGAACUUUAAUUACCUGCCAUAUUUUCACACCAACACUGGCCGAUUGAAAAAAAAUUGACAAUUAUACGAAAUUUACACGAAAAAAUGAGAAAUUCAUGCACAGAAGACUUAGUUUAUGAUGUUUGUAUGCAUUGGUUCAAGAAUUGAAGGAACAUUAUUUUUCACCGGUCACUCGUUUCUUAUGACUUUAAAAUAUGUUAUGAAAAUGUUCUCAGUUUCAGCUAAUUAUCAACAUUAUUACAAUGCUAUGCUUUUUUUCAAACUGAUUUGCACUUGAAAAUCAAAACAUGAAAGUCUAUGACUCAGUUUGAAUAUUUAAAAUAUGUAUCCUUUCUUAUCUUUAAUUGUCCUGAAAAAAUCCUUUUAUUUAUUAGAAUUAACAUUGUACAGAAAUCUGAUAUAUUUACCAAAAAAAUAUUAAGUGAAAAAAAUAUAAAUGGUAAGACUGAAGAAAAAAAUCGAAGUUAAUCGUUACGUUCGCUCGAGAAAACAUAAGGUGAACUACAGUUAUUAAUUGUCUUUGUCAUUUCGUCUCUUGUGAAGAAUCUUCUCAUUGGUGAUCUAACCACAUCUCUUUUUUUAUUUAUAUAUAUAAGUAUUUAGAUGAAAACAAGAUAUUUAUACUCAAAACUCACUGUAUUGGGCAUUUCAUAGAUUUACUCAUAUUUUAAAGCUUUUUAAUUAUUUUAUAAUAUCAUAUACCAAAUGUGAUUAAAAAUGUUAUCAUGUUAUUUUAAAUUUGAAGUGGGGAAAAUUCCUGUUUGCAUUAAGAAAUUGCAUUGAGAAAAAAAAAAUAAUGAAAUGUGUCUGAAUAUGUCAUAUCAUGUAAAUUUAAUAUUGGUUGCCAGAUAGGCACAACAUGUAAAGAAUUAUGAUUUGAAGUGUAUCUUCCAAACUGUGAUAUAAGUAAUAAAACCUAUAAUGCCA